AAAGUCUCCAAGCCGCGACAGCUUGAUCUCAUCCAAGCUUUUUACUCUUCAUUUAGAUUCUUGUCCAUUUCGUCUUUUUCUACCUACCGACCAUUCUCCUUGAUUCUAUACAUCCACUAAUUCCAUGUAGAAGAUCCGCGCCUCGUCUCAGCCAUGAACUCGCAUACUGAGGAUAUCUCGCACCGCGACCGCGAGUCCGCCGAGCGACACCAGAGAGAUCAGUUUCCUUCUGGCACCCCCCGCCAGAGCAAUACUGCGUCGUUACAAAUCCACCAACCCGUCGCCUCGCGACUCCCUGGCGCCAUUCAUAGUCCAGGAGGUCUCCUCGCAACUCAUGGAGGAUCUGGCCCCCCUAUACCUCUUGGUGCCCCCUCGGGUCCUGUCAACUCAUUUGGAGGUUCACUGCAACCUGAGUCGAAUCGACCUAUUCCACACAACGCCCAGAAUGCAUCGAACCAAAUGUUCGGAGCUCUAGGUGGUAAUAAUGCCGGAACGUCCAACCCCCCAGGAGCCGCAGCACACCUAUUCGGCGGACCCUUACAACAACAGGAGGGCAAUCGAACUUCGCAGAAUAUACCAUUCGGUAGUGGUAGUGGAAUAUCUGGAGGAAGCCACACAAUACCUGGUGGUGCUGGCGCUGGUGCCGGUACCAUGCCACAAGGGCAACAACCUAUACUGAAUGAUGCUCUUAGCUACUUGGAUCAAGUUAAGGUGCAGUUUGCCGACCAACCGGACGUAUAUAAUAAGUUUCUUGAUAUUAUGAAGGAUUUCAAAAGUCAAACAAUCGAUACGCCAGGGGUUAUUAACCGCGUAUCUGAGCUUUUCGCCGGCCAUCCAAACCUCAUCCAAGGAUUCAACACCUUCCUACCCCCAGGAUACAGAAUCGAGUGUGGUGCGGGAAAUGAUCCCAAUACCAUUCGUGUGACCACUCCCAUGGGCACAACUGUUCAAUCGAUAACCGGCAGAGCAGUUCAAGGCGAUGGCGCGCACAGCCAGCCUGGCUCGAAUGGUCCUUUCUUCAAUCACCGUUCAAGCAAUUGGCAGCAGCAGCCGCAGCAGCCGCCGCCGCAUUCACAACCACAACAUAGUAUCGAAAGCCCAGAAGCCUCUUUCAGCGUACCUGUAUCAAAUGGCCCUGGAGGCUUGUUCGGGGCUAAUCAGGGUCAGAAUGCCGGUUUCGAAGGGCCGGCGACAGGCCCUCAACCACAGCCUCGUAGCACACCGCAGAUCCAGAAUAACUCAACUACACCUAAUGCACCUACAACACGCAACGCGCUUACGCCAACUCCGAGCGGUUCUCAAGCGGGGGGUGCUAAUAGUAGUAAUCCUCAGGCAAACAUGGAAAAGCGUGGACCAGUUGAAUUCAAUCAUGCGAUCAGUUAUGUGAACAAAAUUAAGAAUCGUUUUCAGGACAAGCCUGAAAUCUACAAGCAAUUCCUGGAAAUUCUUCAGACCUAUCAAAGAGAACAGAAGCCAAUUCAAGACGUCUAUGCGCAAGUCACGACACUUUUCAAUACCGCGCCUGAUCUUUUGGAAGAUUUCAAGCAGUUCUUGCCAGAGUCUGCCGCAUCUAAUAAAAGCAACGGUGCUAAACCCGAGGAUAUGUUCGCCAUGACUGGCCUUACUCAAACUACUCCGCAGCCUGGCCACAACGUCCGAGAUGGACAAAAAAUGCCUCCAGUUGGCAACUUCGCACCUCCCGCAAGCGCUAGCAAGGACAAUAAAAAGCGCCCUCGAAAUGAAAAGCAACCUCCUCUGCCUACGUCCGCAGUGGCUGACAGCCCUGCUCCUGGAUCACGAUCCAUUCCAGGUGUUGGCCCCGCGAGCAAGCGCCCGAAGCUCAAUCACAAGCCGCUUAACACAGAAGCUCCCUCUAUUGAACCCACACUCACCCCAGUUCUCCCUGAGCCACUCCCUCCGACGUCUUCGGCCAACGCCACUGCCGAUGAAUUAGGCUUCUUCGAUAAGGUCAAGAAGUACAUCGGCAAUCGAUCUACCAUGAAUGAGUUCCUGAAACUCUGCAACAUGUACUCUCAGAGCCUGAUCGACACCAAUGAUCUGGUUCACAAAGCUAGCCAAUUUAUUGGUGGUAAUGCCGAAUUGAUGACCUGGUUUAAGGGAUUCGUCGGAUAUGAAGGUCUUGAUGAAAUCAUCGAGAAUAGACCUCGACCACCGACGGAGAAGGUUUCCUUGAGCAAUUGCCGAGCUAUUGGACCUAGCUACCGACUUCUCCCUCGCAGGGAGAAACUUAAGCCUUGUGGCGGUCGAGAUGAGAUGUGCAAUGCUGUGCUCAACGAUGAAUGGGCAUCUCAUCCAACUUGGGCUUCGGAAGAUUCGGGUUUCGUCGCCCACCGCAAGAAUGGAUUUGAAGAGGGCCUCCAUCGUAUUGAAGAGGAGCGACACGACUACGACUUCAAUAUCGAAGCUAACGUCAAGUGCAUACAACUUCUGGAGCCUAUUGCCCAGCAGAUGCUCAACAUGUCCAAUCAAGAAAGAGAGACGUUUCAAAUGCCCGCAGGACUUGGAGGAUCAAGUACGUCUAUCUUCAAGCGUGUUCUGAAGAAGAUUUAUGGCGUCGAAAAGGGUCUUGACGUUGUGUCCGAAAUGUUUACGGAACCCUUUGCUGUUGUUCCCGUUGUACUAGCACGACUUAAGCAAAAGGACGAAGAGUGGCGAUUUACACAACGUGAAUGGGAAAAGGUUUGGCAAGCUCAGACCGAGAUCAUGCACCUCAAGAGUCUUGACCACAUGGGUAUUCACGUCAAACAGAACGACAAGCGAAAUCUUUCUGCCAAGCACCUAGUUGAUGUUAUCAAGACGAAGCACGAGGAGCAACGACGGAUGCGCAGUUCUAAGAACAGGGUUCCGCGGUAUCAGUUUGCGUAUGAGCUCAGCGAUCAAGAAGUUAUCUUGGACCUGUUGCGUUUCAUGGUCCUCUAUGGCACGAACAAUACGCACCACAGCACCACCGAGAAGGAACGUAUUGUCGACUUUUUCGAGUACUUUAUCCCUCGUUUCUUCGAAUUGCCCGAGGAGAAGGUUCAGGACCGACUCCAUGACAUUGACCGGGAGUCUGGCGAGGAAGAUGCCGAGGAACAACUGCCGGCAGAGCUGACUAAUGGUCGCUCCUCCCGACGCAACGGGAAGAAGUCUGAUUUACUUCGUGGUGUGUUGGAUCCUAGCCGUAACGGUGCUAGAUCCAGAAACCAAAAGGAAGAUAGCGCCGCAUCGGGCAGCAAAGAGACGACACCAGACACUGGGUCUGCCAACGAAGAAGAAAUGGGAGAUGCCCCAGAGGAGCCCGUGCCUAUUGAGCAGUCAAACGAGCGAUGGCUGCCCAUCGUGCCCAAGGCGACAGUCGUAAAGGGCGACAACCCUCUGCUGGAUAUCGAUGGAGAGCUAAAGGCUGAUGGAUUUUUCCCUCGUCCUUGGUAUAACUUCUUCUGUAAUCAGACGAUCUACGUCUUUUUCACGGUCUUCCAGGCUCUGUACAAGCGACUAAAAGAUGUCAGAGACAGCAUGGAGAGCGUCUCGGAGGAGAUUAACCGAAUCAAAAACAAGAAGCCAGCGAAGGAGCUCGGUAUCUCUGUUAAUGAGAUCAGUUACUUUGACGAGAAUGACCCUGCAUCAUUCUGGCCGAAAACGGUCGAACUUAUUGAGGACUUCAUCACUGGAGAGAUUGACGAGAACCGCUACCAAGAAGUUCUCCGUCAUUAUUACCUGAAGAAGGGGUGGACUCUUUAUUCUAUCCAGGAUCUUCUCAAGACACUCUGCCGUCUUUCCAUAACCUGCACCAGCCCUGACUCGAAAGAAAAAACGCCUGACCUUAUCCACCAUUUCUUGAGCAGCCGACAGAAUGAAGAGACGAGCUAUCAGACAGAGAUCAGCGCUCGAAAGUAUGCAGAGAAGUGUAUCAAGGAUGGGGACAUGUUCGUCAUUUGUUGGUCUCCUCAGAAACAUGAGGCCACAGUCCGCUGGCUGCAACGCGACGAGACCACCUUUUACAUAGACGAGAUGGAGCUUCGUGAAAAAUGGCAAUACUAUAUUUCCUCGUACAUGCGCGUCGAACCCACUGAAGGUGUACCUAGGUUCCGCCUUCAGAAAACGGUUCUUAGUCGCAACUUGCCGUCAGCCGAAGGAGACUCCGACGAUGGCGAAGUGCCCAAACCCCUCGAGUUUAACGAAGGCCUGGUUCUGCGCAUUUGUCUCAACUCAAACAAGAUAGUUUGGGAAAAAGACACGUCUGAAUCUUUCAUCUAUGCGAUAGAACCUGAAGAUGAAAAGGAAAAGAUUGCUGUCGAGGAUCACCGGCGGGCCAUCACGGAGCAUCGUGAGCAGCGAUUCCGCGAGAAGAUGGUCAUGAAUAACGCUUGGAUGCGAGGUAUGAGCCAAGAUGAGGUUCAGAAAGUGAAUGAGAACUUUCAGAAGUGGUUUAGGGAUGGUGUAUCUCCAAGCAUCAACGGUCGUGAUGAUGCGGAGAACAUGGAAGGGAUUGAAUAAGGAGACACGGGAUCCAACACUUUCUCCAUCCAUGGAUGGAGUGACAUCUCUUUGGGUUCGUCUAUUCAGUUGAGGUAACACCCCGGGGAGUGAUUAGAGAGUUGGCGGUUGGUGAAAGAUUUCAUGAUUUAAGCGAAAAUAUCAUGGUUGGCGUUUGUGGAGUGGCUUAACACCUUCAUGCAAGCAGGGCCUUGCCGAGCACAACCUUUACCACCUAAGCAAGGGAGUCACCUGUGUAUCCCCCCCUGUUCUUCUUUCAAUUGUUUUCUCCUUGUCAAAAUCACAUACACAACAAUCCAUACUGGCUCUUUCCUCCUGGCUCUUAGAAAGUGAUGGUGCUUGCGGAGGUACGUUAUGUAACUCGAUAUCUGUUUUUACCUUGUCUCUCCUUGCUUAUUGUACUAUAAAGUCACGUUUUUUACUACAUGCAGUUGUAGUUGUGAUGGGGAGGUAGAAAUAUCACUUACGUUAUGUCUCUUUAACUUUCAACGGUAGUAUUGCUGGUUCUGAUGUGAAUGCAUAUAUAUCUGAAUACUCGUAAGGAAAUACUGGCAAGAAAAAAAAAACCGGUUCAGUGCUAUUCUAUUCUG